UUCUGUCUGUGUCCGUUCAGAAAAACCAUCGUCGGUCUUCGCCACGACAGUCUACCUCGUGCAAACACGGUAGAUCCUGCUGAAUCACCUCCUGGGUACCUGCUCAGCAAGUCUCGGAACGUGUCCUAUCAGUCAAUAAUUUUUUUUGACGAUUUUGCCCGCCAUGGCGCCUUCAAAGUGGGUGGCCAGACGCAAGUUCGACGAUGAGGAGGAAGGAGAUGUCCUCGACUCAUGGGACGCCGCCGAAGACUCGGAAGUGGAGCGGGAAAAGGCCGCAAAGGCUGCUGCGGCGGCAGCAAAGGCCGAAGCCGAGGCGGCCGCGAAGAGGAAGAGCAAGGCACAGCGGAUAGAGGAGCAUAAGCAGGAGCGAAAGAAACAGGCCGAGGAGAACCAGAGCGAUGAGGACAGCGACGAGGACGAGGCAGAGAGGCGGGCCCGCCUGCGCCUCACGGAGAAGGAGGGUGACCUCAAGCACGCGCAGGACCUGUUCGACGACAUCGACCUGAACCGCAACCGGGGGGCGCCCAAGGCGAUUGUCAUCAGCGACUCGGCGGAUCCCACGCAGGCCGUCGACCUCUCCGCCAUGCCGCUGUUCAAGCCCACGACGAAGGACCAGUUCACCCGGCUGACCACCGCACUGAUCCCGCUGCUGACGGCGCACUCAAAGAAGCCUCACUACGCUUUGUGGGCGCAGGAGUUCACCAAGCAGCUUGUCAAGGAGCUCAACAGCGGUGAUGUCAAGAAGAUUGCCAGUGCCCUUACCACCAUCAGCAACGAGAAGAUGAGGGAGGAGCGUGCCGCCGACAAAGGCAACAAGAAGACCAAGGCGGCCAAGACCAAGGUUUCUCUGGUUGCUAGCAGAGACAACAAGAUUGAUGCCACACCUUAUGACGAUGAUGGACUGGACGAUGGUGACUUCAUGUGAUUUGAGGAUUAGUAAACGUAGGGUUACACCUGUUUGGAUAGGAACGACACCCUUCUUCCUGGUUCCCUUUUAUCCUCCAAAUGACGCUUCUCUUUUGUCCAUACUGUUAAUUGAAGCAGUGAUUUCUUACCUCCCUUCUCAUUCUUGCAUUCUUGAGAUUGUAUAUGCUUAUCUAUAUACCUUGUAUCCUGCGCCUCCUGUCCGGGUAAUAUACUCUGUUUGAUUCAACCAUAGACUACAUUACAUGCCUU